AUGAAGUUCAUUUCAGAAGCCAUACAUGGUUUCCCAUUUACGGUCGGUUUUGAAGUUCGAUACUAUAACAAAGAAAAACGUACGUAUGAGAAAUUUGAACAGGGAAAACUUUUACAAGUGAAUUUGCUUGUAAACUUAGAAACAACUCUUCAAGCUUUUCAAGAAAAAAUAAACGAUAUCUAUCUCGAAUAUGCAAACCAGUAUAACAUUGACGAAGGAGAGUACCAUCUCGAUAUUAUAUAUGACAGGAAAAAUGCAACUGUUAAAAUCAAUAAAAUAGAAGACCUUGGAGAAAACGUUUAUAUUUCUACAAAAUAUAACAACUUGGCAUGGUAUAGAUUUUUGAGGAUGUUAAAUCAGCCUGCAGAAUAUCCAGUACACCCGGACUUUUAUGAAGUCGAAAACCCUAAUGGAACAUAUGAAAAUGUUUUCGACCAAGAUGCUAUUAUCGUUCAUGCUUCAUUUUCUGGUGCACAAAACUCUUUUUUAUGCUUGGCAAAUGACUUUUACGAAAAACCUACAAAGCUAUAUGAACCACCAAGUGGAAGUAUUUCAGACUUUCAAGUAUGGUUUACUACAGAUGGAAGAAAGAGAAUAAUUCCAUUAUACCACGCGUUUUACUUAGAACUUAGUUUCAUAUACAACUACUAUCGAACGGUAAAAAUAUGA